CGGUACUAAAAAAUUAUAGAAAAAUAAAGGAGAUGAAAUUUAGGUGAGGAAAAGAUAUAGAAAAUUAAAGAAAAGAAAGGUGGAAGGAAAGACUGGGCGUUAUGGGUUUGACGAAUCAUACACUUUGAUAUUUGGCAAUGCGUAGAGAGGGCGGACGAUAAUGAGUCAAAUUGGGGGAAGGAUCGAGGGUUUGAGAGACACACCAAUGGCGAGUCGAUCAAUCAACUGCAAGACAGAGGUUGGCAAACCCUUUGUUGCUCUCACUUGCGGUUCUUUGGUUUAUUAUCAUUGCGCCUUUCGAAAUUCCAGUCUUCUCUCCCUUGUCGCUGAUGUUUUCAUCGUUCUCCUUUGCUCUCUCGCCAUUCUCGGCCUUCUCUUCCGCCAUAUGAACGUCUCGGUUCCAGUAGAUCCUCUUGAGUGGCAAAUAUCGCAGGAUACUGCUAAUAGUAUGAUUGCUUGGUUAGCCAAUACAAUUGGUGCGGCUGAGUCUGUUCUGAGGGUGGCAGCUACAGGGCAUGACAAGAGGCUUUUUGUUAAGGUCGUUGUUUGCCUUUACGCCCUCUCGGUGCUUGGAAGAUUGGUCUCAGGUGUUACAGUUGCCUAUACUGGUUUAUGUAUGUUGUGUAUAUACAUGGUGUUGGAGAAUUCUGAGUCAAUAAGUGCUGCUAUUUCUCCUUUUCUUAGGAGAGGAAAUGAACGUACUUCACAUCAAGAUGCUAUCUAAUCUUCACUGGCUGUUGCCCUGUUUUUCUUUUUUCUUUUUUUUACUGUAGAUGAAUCUGUGAAUAUUAUCGUUAACAGAAUUUGUUUAGGCGGAAUGGAGUAAUAAAAGAAUUUUAGGAGCCAUUGUUGAUUACUGAUUGACCAUUGUGAGUGUUUUUUUUUUUUUUUUGUGAAGUUGAAGUGAUUUUUGUAUGGUAAAGAAAAUAUUUGCCAGGACAGUCACUUGGGUUAAUGAAAUAUUUGUACCAAGUUCCAAGG